AUGAGUGUUUCUCUUGGAGAUGAUACGUAUGUUGACGCAUCGUUUGAGCGACAUCUGUUUGUAUCUUUGGAAAUGACGAAUACGCGGAUCAGCGAUUCUUCCAUGGUGCAAUCAGUCUACAAUGCUUCGAAGCAGAAGAAUUCUCUAUCUGCUUUCAUGAGCAUCAGCAACCCGGGGUUUUCAGUAUUUAUUUUGCUGAUCACCAGCAUAAUCAAUGGCUGGUUCUCUUCACUCGUCCAUCUUCCACCAUUACUCGGAAUGCUACUAACUGGAAUUUGCAUACGAAACAUCCCUCAUUUGGCAUUCACUGCAAAUUUCAACCCGCAACUAAAUGCCGCACUCCGAACAUUCGCCUUGCUCAUCAUCCUGACCCGAGCCGGACUCGGAUUGCAACCCAAAACCCUGAAACAAAUGCCCGGCACAGUUUUGGCGCUGUCACUCUUGCCGAAUUUGGCAGAGGCGUCAACAGUCGCCGUUACUGCGAAAUUCCUGCUGGGUUUCCCCUGGAGCCACGCUUUCAUGCUCGGGUUCGUGUUGUCGGCAGUUUCGACAGCUGUUGUAGUGCCAAGCAUGUUGAGUUUCCAGGAAAAACGGAUUGGCAAGGACAUCCCGACACUUUGCCUAGCAGCGGCAUCUGUCGACAACGUCACGUCCAUCAGCAUUUUCGGCAUCAUUUUUGCAGCGUGGACUUCGCAGUCUGCCAAUUUAAUCGAUCUCAUCAGCACGCCGUUGCAAGUCAUUGCUGCUGUUGUUUAUGGCGUGGUGUCGGGCCUGGUUUUUGGCACACUGCCCACGUCGUCGUCGAGAGUCAAGAGCAUUUUGCUGAUUUUCUCAGGGAUCAUGGGGUUGUUUGGGGGAGCGAAACUCGGGUUUCGAGGGUUCGGGCCGUUGGCAACUGUGAUCACCGCGUUUUUCGCAAGCGUGAAAUGGCAGGAAGAUGACGAUUCGCAACAACAACAGCAGGAAGUGAAGGAGUUUUUUGCGGACGCCUGGUUUUUGUUCGAACCGCUUUUGUUUGGGCUGAUUGGCAUUGAAAUGGACUUGAGUCGGAUCCAGGCCAAGGCACUUUAUCAAAUCGGCAUCGUUUUGGCACUCGGUGCCAUGAGUAGAUUCGCAGCGAGUUUUUUUGCGACUGGUUUCGCACGAGGAUUUGGCACUCGGGAACGGGUUUUUAUCGCGAUUGCCUGGUUCUCAAAGGCCUCUGUUCAAGCAGCACUGGGACCCAUUGUGUUGAGUAAUUCGGGUUCGUUGUCAGAAGAAUACGUGGGAUUUGGCUCAGUUAUUUUGACUACUGCAGUGCUUGCCAUUUUGGUGACUGCGCCUGCGGGAGCUGUGGCUAUUGAACUCUGUGCAAAAAAGUGUCUUGCCUCGAAUGAUGAUCAUCAUCCGGAAUUGCCAACAUCUUCUGAUUUUGGGAUCCCUCCCUCUCCCUGUUUCCUGCUGAUCGUCUCUAUAUAUAAACACAAACGAUCCCUGAUGCUGCACACCCCUGAUGAUGGCCGACUUGGGAUCGUCGUCAACGUCAUCGUCGACGUCGUUGUUGUUGUUGCAGCUGUGAUCACGUGUCGUCGUCGUCGUGAUUCUGGUAUGUCGUUGUCGUUGGCAGCAGGGAGACGGAGGGGCGCUUCAUCAAACAGUGUCGACGGAGGACGCGUGGGUGGCGUAGCGGAGUCCGGUGAGCGAGUGGCGAUCACAGAUGUGCAGGUGGCGGUGCGGGGAAGGGGCGCCCAGGGGGUCGGCGCCGCGUCGCCGCUUCCGCUUCCGGUGGCAGCACACGCACACGCCGAUCACGCACACGCUGCCCAGGCCCAGGCCGAUGCUCAGGAACAGGAGGAUGUUCAGCUCUGCGGCUUGCACGCCUGA